AUGGUUAAGGUGCUAGACUGGGUCGUUGGAGAUCCAGAUUCAGGUACCUGCUUGAACAUAGAGCUUGCUGUGACGCGAUGGAUAAGGCUUCUAUUUGGGCGAGAAUUUCUCCUACAGGACCUUCUUGUUGUCUGGGAUGCUUUAUUUGCUGACAGCAUCACUCUUGAUUUAGUUGACUACAUUUUCUUAGCCAUGCUGCUAUAUAUUAGAGAUGCCUUGAUAUCAAGUAAUUAUCAGACUUGCUUGGGCCUUCUGAUGCAUUAUCCACCUAUUGGAGAUGUUCAUUCAUUAAUCUUGAAAGCUCUUUUUCUCAGAGAUCCAAAGAGAAAUCCCAGACCUGUAACUCACCAGUUCCAACAGAAUUUGGAUUACUACAAAGCACGUGGAGCUGACUUAAUGAAUAAAACUCGUGGCAGUACAAAAGUUGCUCCUCUGAACAUAAAUAAAGUUUCCAGUAGCUUAUUGAAUUUUGGCCGCAAGCUGAUUUCCCCAGCAAUGACUUCAGGCAGUGCUGCUCUCCCGGUUGCAGGUAGCAGUGGCAGCGUUUCUUCUGUUGUCAUGCCCACAAGGAGCACUGUAGAACUCCCUCCAUCUCAGCAGCAGAGAAUGAUGAAAUCUGAAAGUGUGCCAGUUCAGCUAAGCAAAGGAGAUGUAGUUACAGGCAGUGAUGCCCCAGUAUCGGUUCCUGUCCAGAAUCUAAGUGCCCUCCACGGGACAGUUGCUACAGUAAUACAUGGGCAAAGUUCAAAAAAUGGCAGUCCUUCUCCAAGCAUUGAAAGUUUUUCUGGAGGACGUGAAUACAUUGGGUCUCCACCUUUGUCUGCAACCAAGAAAGAAUCUUUUUUCAGUACAAUUUCCCAUUCUCGUUCUCAUAGCAGAAAUAUGAGCAAAAAGGAAUCUGAAGAAGAAUUAGAGACCCAGAUUUCAUUUCUUCAAGGACAAUUGAAUGAGUUAGAGGCCAUGUGCAAAUACUGUGCAAAAAUGAUGAAUAUACAUCUAG